GUAGACUUCAAGAUCCAAGGAUCAGUCAAAGAACAAGUAUAACUUGGAUAAACUACUGAACAAAGGCAUGAGUAAAAAGAGACGGAUUCCCACCAGCGUGGACAGGAAAGGAGAAGAGAUGCCCCGGAUUGAGGAGGGUGAUAAGAUGGGAAGUCUGCGGCUACCUCAAGAUUAUCAGUUCCAGGCCGACGAAUGUUGCUGUCAGCGACCAAAGCGAACAGUCUGGUGUCGCAUGUGUGGCUUCCGAGUCUACGGCAACAUCAAGCGAAUCUGCCCUAUACAUCCGCUGAAUAUAUUCCUGUAUGAAUUGGAAGUUUGUGGCAAUGUCAAAUGCAAGGCACCAAAUACUCUUAUUGAAAUAGAUUUGCUUUAAUUGUGUUUUACUGCUUUUUACUUACUGUUAAUAUUGUUAGUCUCAUUAAGAGGGAUAGUAAGUACAAGUGUUUCAUUAUUUUCAUUGUUUAAUGGGUACAAAGUCAUCCCACUACGUUUUUCAAGUUCCUUACUUUUAUUAUUUUAAGUUAAAUUGUGUAUUUUUUUAAAUUCAUUCCUUGUUUUCUAUGCUUACUUAAUAAACAUUUGUGUACAUAGUUAUGUUUUGUAUAGUAAAUUUGUCAUUUAAUGAAUUAGACAGAUUUCCUAAAUAUUAUUUAGUUCUGAGGUUGAACAUUAUUUCUAUUGUAUCUGUAAAGUUAUAUGUAUAAAGUAAUAACCCAGUUAAUGUAGUCUUCAGUGACACAAAACUUACUACUUAAGGAAUAUUUAUAUGUAAGAGUAUAUACAGGGUGUGUAAAAUGUCUGAAAACACUUUAAUAUUGUUUAAAUCAUAGCAAAAUCUAUAAACUUUGCACAAUGUAUAUAGAUAACACCGAGUUUAUAGAUAAGCCGCCAAUAACAAUCACUCGCUUGCAUUGGGGAGUGUCAUGGUAAUCAUUAAUGCAUACUUAUGUCAAUAUGUCAUUUUAGGUUUUUAUUAUUAGAAUAUAAUGUUUUAAAACCACAUUUCAUAAGCUUUAACAUAAUAGUUCAUAAGAAAAUAGUUAUUUUGUAUAGGAUAAACGUUUUAGGAGUCACUCAGUUAAAAAUUACUUUGAACAAGAUUGUUAAGUUUUCAAUUUCUAUUUCGAUUAGUAAAAAGAAUAAUGGGUAUUUCCCAAUUUAGAGGAUUGGCUACAGACAGUUUACACAUCCUUUAUACAUUUAUAUAUAAUCAGUAAAAAUGCUGUAAUGUGCAAUAUGAAUGGUCACAGCACUUAUUUACAAGUGCCUUUAGGAAUAGUCUGUUUAAAGUGCCUUUAUGAAAUGUGGUACUAACUGUACAUAAUACACAUUCAAUAGUGAGUUAUUAAUUAAUAUUGUUAUAGUAAGUUAAAGAUUAACAGUGAAUAUGCUCAUUACUUAAGGGUGUGAUAUCAAGAAUGUUGUGAUAUUUGAGCUGUGAUCACUUUAGGUAAAUAUAAACUUUUGUUUUGUU